UAGUUUCACUCACUUUACAUCCGGGUUUUUUCCCUAGGCAAUGGGUGCCGCACCACAGCCCGUUCCUUAGGCAAAGGGAAAUAAAUUCGCUGCACCGACACGUCAAGUAGUCCCUCUGGAGAAGCCUUGAGGCGCCCCCUCCUCUCCCCGAGCAGGCCGGCCACCCCCUCCUCCUUCAUUCAUAGGGGAGAUAAAGGUGGGGAGCCCCGGUUGAAGGGGAGGCCUCCUCCUCCUCCUCCUCCGCUUUUGUCCCCAAAAACCUCGGCUCCUUCUUCGCUUCGGAGAGCGGCCGAAGAGGAGCCCCCCUGGGAAAGGGGAAGGAAAAGGACCCCUCAGAGGAGAGAGAGAGAAGAGAAAAGCAGGAGGAGGAGGAGGAGGAGGGAGCAACCAACCAACCAUCUUCCACUCCCAGCUUAGAUUAAAGAAAGUGAGAGGAGGAGGAGAGAGAGAGAGGAGCCAAGAAGAGGGGGACAGGGAGGCCCAGAGGAGCAGCUGCACCGCCUUCUCCCUAUGAAGAGGACUCCUUUCCCCCUCAAAGAGAGGUCCUGCCAGGGGGACCCCAGCCAGACCACCUCGGCGGCAACAUCACCACCACCAGCAGGGGGGACUAGAGGGCUGAAGAGGAUACUUGUUUAGCAAAAUUGGACUACUGUAAAAAGCAAAGUUUUCCUUUUCAUUAAAAGAAGCAUCUGAAGGUGUGGGGAUUUGGUAACCUCAACAGAGCAAGAAAGUGGAGAAGGCAGAGAAUGGAGUUGCAGACUCUACAGGAGGCUCUGAAAGUAGAAAUUCAGGUUCACCAGAAAUUGGUUGCCCAAAUGAAACAGGAUCCACAGAAUGCUGACUUAAAGAAGCAGCUUCAUGAACUCCAAGCCAAAAUCACGGCUUUGAGCGAAAAACAGGUCUUGAGUUUCCUGAUCUACAUAUCCAGUGAGAGAUCACACAACUUCUAUAUUGAUGGAUAUAAUCAAAAGUACAAUUUUCUAUAUUGGGCAAUAAAUAUUCUACUGAUGGGAAAUCAGAAAAGAGUAGUUGAACAACUCCGAAAGAAUUUAAUGGUAAAGCAGGAACAGCCUGAUAGUAAGUUUCAAAUACAGCCAUUGGCACAGACAGAAAAUAAAAUACAAACAUCACAGCCUCUACAGCAGCAGCAGCAGCAGCAGCCACAGCAGCAGACCACUGCACCCUCUCCAAACCUGCUUGGAUCACAGAAAACUGUAACUACAGCUUCUAUGAUCACCACUAAGACACUACCUCUUGUUCUGAAAGCAACAGCAACCAUGCCUGCCUCUGUUGUGGGUCAAAGACCUACAAUUGCCAUGGUGACUGCCAUCAACAGCAGCCAGAAAACUGUCCUUAGCACUGAUGCACAGAACACGCCUGUCAACCUCCAGACAACAAAUAAAGUCACCGGUCCAGGAACAGAGGCAGUACAAAUAGUGGCAAAAAAUACAGUCACAUUGCAGGUUCAAGCUACAGCUCCUCAGCCUAUCAAAGUGCCACAGUUCAUCCCUCCUCCCAGACUUACUCCUCGUCCAAAUUUUCUUCCACAGGUUCGACCAAAACCAGUUGCCCAGAAUAACAUACCUAUAGCCCCAGCUCCACCUCCUCCUAUGCUUGCUGCUCCUCAGCUUAUUCAGAGGCCUGUGAUGUUGACCACAAAGUUCACCCCCACCUCCUUACCCUCUACACAGAAUUCCAUACACCCAGUUCGUGUUGUGAAUGGGCAAACAGCAACCAUAGCCAAAACUUUUCCAAUGGCACAACUCACCAGCAUUGUUAUAGCAGCCCCAGGUGCCAGGCUUGCUGGACCUCAGACUCUACAGAUCAGCAAACCAAAUGUUGAGAAGCAGACAGUCAAGCCCCAAGUAGAAACAGAGGAGAAACCAACAGAAAUUCAUACUGUUACCUCUCCUGCACCUCCCAAGCCAAAACGAGAAGAAAACCCACAGAAACUUGCCUUUAUGGUUUCUCUUGGACUUGUUACGCAUGAUCAUCUGGAAGAAAUACAAAGUAAAAGACAAGAAAGAAAACGAAGAACCACAGCAAAUCCAGUUUACAGUGGAGCUGUUUUUGAGCCUGAGCGCAAGAAGAGUGCGGUCACAUACCUGAACAGCACAAUGCAUCCUGGGACACGUAAACGAGGUCGUCCACCUAAAUACAACACUGUGCUGGGAUUUGGGGCUCUCACCCCCACAUCCCCUCUGUCCAGUCAUCCUGAUUCCCCUGAAAAUGAAAAGACAGAGACAUUUACUUUCCCCGCAACUGUUCAGCCUGUAUCCUUACCCAGCCCCAGCUCCAUGGACGGUGAUAUCCAUGAAGAUUUUUGCAGUGUUUGCAGGAAAAGUGGCCAGCUACUUAUGUGUGAUACAUGCUCACGUGUAUAUCACUUGGAUUGUCUAGACCCACCUCUGAAAACAAUUCCUAAGGGCAUGUGGAUUUGUCCCAAAUGUCAAGACCAGAUGCUGAAGAAAGAAGAAGCAAUUCCAUGGCCAGGGACUUUAGCAAUUGUUCAUUCAUAUAUUGCGUACAAAACAGCAAAAGAAGAGGAAAAACAGAAAUUACUAAAAUGGAGUUCAGAUUUAAAGCAGGAAAGGGAACAAUUAGAACAGAAAGUGAAACAACUCAGCAAUUCUAUAACAAAAUGUAUGGAAAUGAAGAACACAAUCCUGGCAAAACAGAAGGAAAUGCACAGUUCACUGGAGAAGGUAAAACAGUUAAUUCGCCUCAUCCAAGGCAUCAACCUUUCCAAAUCCAUAAACUCUGAGGGCAGUUCAGCAGCCAUCUCCAAUGGCAUGGACUCCGCCAGUAAUGUGACAGCUGCCACCUCCACCCCAGCAUCUUCCCCCUCCCAGAGCUGCAUGGUGAACUGUAAGAAGGGCAAUGAGACUAAAUAACAGAGCACAAUAAGAAGGAGCCAGAGGAGAUGGCAGCAAAGCAGAAGAACAUAACAGAUCCUCUAGAAAAGGAAAUGGAUUUCUUCUGGAAAAUACAAGAAACUCUUUACUUCCAGAAAGAGUGCGAAGAUGCUCGUGCCGGGCGGCACUAAGUUUGCCAAUUGAUCCUUCUUAUUCUGUGUGUACGUGCAAAGUUUGGACCAUGUUACAUGAAUAGUGCCAGCUGGAGGUUCUUAGCCAGCACCAUGCCAAGUUAAAUAAGAUAUUUACUCUCUAUAUUUUACACCAGAGUGUGCCUGCAGCAGCCUCCACAGCCACUAUAGGUUUGUUUUUUAUUUUUAUUUGGGGGUAGGGAGCAGGGAGGAGCAGGUUUCAGACCUUAUCUAUAGACCAGUUUUUGUUUAGGUAGGGAAACUUCAAAUCCAAAGAGCCUGUGGGCUUUUCCUGUUUCUAAAUUGUCCAUACUACUAAACCAAAAAUGCAAAAAUAAGAAUUAACAAAUCCUAGUAUCCUAAAAGGGGAUGGGGAAGGGGAGAAAAACUUAUCCAGUAAGCAGUAUUUACAACUGUUUUUACAGAAAACACAACAAAGGAUGAGGAAGGAUUUUUCAGUAAGUAUCCAAAAGGUUGAAGAUUACUAGACUGGCAACUUUGGGUUGUCCUCCCCCUCCUUUCUCUCUCUUAAUGCAUUCAGAAAAUAUAUUCAAAUGCAAAUAAAAUGCAUUGUUGAUUUAGUUGCUACAUUAAGAAGGAAGCUUUUACUGAGGUAGGGAAGGAGACUAACAUGAUCAGCUUGCGUUUUUGUAAAGCAGGCCAUGAGUGAAAAGAAUUUUUUUUUCUCUUUUUGGUACAUUUGUCCAGCAAAAACAGUAUCCCAAACAGCACAGCACAUGUCCCUAAUGUAUUGCCCAAAUAGGUAAAAUGCCUGUUUCCUUUGUUCCUUUCUCUUUUGGUUACAAAUGUAAGGAAUAGAAAAACUCUUUUUUUCAGGCUGACAGUCCAAUAAAAAGGUAGAUGGGACCUUGCAUGGUAUAGAUUAGAAGUAAUAGUGUCAGUGAGAUACAGUGAGUCUUUGUGAGUCCGUGUGUCAUCGUUUUGGGCACUGUUUUUUAUGCAAGGGCAAAUCUUUGUAUCUGGGGAAAAACAACUUUUUUUAAAUUAAAAAAAGAAAAAAGAUAUUGAGGUCUUCCUAGUGUUACUUAAAAUAAGAUCAAGGUAAGAAACAUUGUAAAAAAUUACAAAAGUGCUAUUUGUUUCCUAAACAAGUGAUUUCUAUUAAAAAGGUGUCAGAACUGGAGUAAA